UUUUCUCGUUUUUUGAUUUCAUUUUGGCGCUCAGCCAUAAAUAUUUUGUAAACGUAGUGAGACGAUUACCGAUUUUAUAUGGUAUAUAUUAUACAAGCAUAUAAUAUGUAUAAAUAACUUACAAUUAUUGUACUAAAAAUUCUGAAAUAGAAAAUAUUACGUAUUUCCGCUUAAUUCAAAUUACAGCAAUUGUAUAUUAUUGCAGAUUUAAUAUUUAUAUAUAUAUAUAAAUGUAUGAAAACAAAAUAACUGUAACUAUUUACUAGUUGCAAAGUAAAAGCUUAUUUGUGAGCUUGAUAAAUCACAAUAAUUAAUUAAUAAAAACGAAUCAGCAAUUUUGGUUUCAUUAUUGCAGUUGCGCACUAAAAACAACAAUUGUUAAUAUAACUAAAACAAAAUAAGUCAGCUGUGUGUGCAAAUGCGGCAGUGUGGCAACGCCAACGCUUAGUUUGUCUCUUGUCGUAUUCGUUGUUGUUGUUGUUGUUAUAUGAAAGGCGCUACUUUUAAGCCAAAUAAAUUGUUUAUAGCGACAAACACAAAAUGUUGUAGUCAACAUUGGCAGCACAGGGGCAUUUAACUAUGACAACAGCAAGCGAAAUUGUUCUCCUCACCGAAGUGGUGCGUAAGCAAUAUGUGCGCUAUUUGGAACGCCAGCUGGAGGAGAACGUGUGCGUUUGGGCAGCCAAUUCGUGAAAUCAUCACAAGCCCACGGCGUGGGCAUGCAUUGCGCACAGCGUCAAGGCACUGGAGACGCAUGCGAUUAAGGCUAGCCAGGCAGCCCAGUUAUAUCAGCGUGCCAUGGUCAAAAUGAUAGCCGCUGUACGACGCAACACGCAGGAAUGCCGGCUGGCCGAUGCACUGUUCGACCAUAUGCAGCGACAGCAAAUGCUCGAUGAUAACUCGAUGGAUCAGCCGAGCAACUCUCUGCAGCUGGUCGACAAGUCAACACAAACCAUGGCAACAACAGCAGCAGCAACAACAGCGGAGCAGAACGAAAAUUAUACAAGCUACACACUGAGCCAGAAAAUCGAUUUUUUUCAGUCGCAGCUCGCCGAGAGCGAAUGUGAAACGCAGCCAACUAAAUUGAAUGGCAAUGAGCAGGAGGAGCGGCCAACAACAUCCAUGUCCGGCACAGAGGAUGAAGUUGCCCAAGAGUUGGCCAAACUCUUUGACGAUGAGCCCACCGAUUUGAAUGCCAUAUUUGGCAUUGACUUCGAAACAACUGCUACACUGAUAGACACAUCACUUGAGCCCACAGCUGCAUUAGAGCCGCAAUUAAUGCCACUGGCAUCGCCAACGACGCCGCCAUCGCUGCCGCACAACAGCAACACAAACUCGGCGGAUCUGCGGAACAGUCGCUGGCCCUGUGAGCUGUACGCACAGAGGCGUCGUCUUAGCGCCUGCCUGGUGCGACUGCUGGACACGGAUUGGCGCUGCGAGGAUGCACUCAGAUACAAAUUCCGUAUACUAUUCGGCGAGGACAGUGACGAUGAGUUUGCCACGCAUAUAUCGAGUCCCAGCAUCGAUCUGGUCGAUGAAGUGCUGCUGGCCAGCUGCAUUCUUCGCAUACGUCCCUGGAUUGUGCGUCAUUUGAUGCGUCCGCUGCAGGAGGGUCUCAUUGCGAAUCGAUUUCUGUUCAAGAAGCUGGCCAAAAUGCUGGCCAACAAUAUUGUGCUGGUCAAUCCGUAUGCCAGCGAGCGGCAGAUCAAGCAGGUCGUCGAAUCCAUGUUCUGCAUUCAGCCGAGAGGUGUUCAAAAUAUCAUUGAUUUGGAAUCUUUGCCUCCAGUUUUUGUGGAGAGAUUUCAAACUUGAAAAGUCAAUUCAAAUUUUGAUUUCAGAUCGAAUUUAAAAAUUAAUGCAUAAGGAUCUUUGAGAAAUAUCUAAGGGAAGCACAAAUUCAGCUCGUUCGAUUGGAAAUAUUGGGAUUAUCGCUGUUUUGUGUUCCUAUUGAUUGUAAUAUUCUAUAUAAGCAAUAAAGUUAUAAACUAGAAGUCUCAAACUAAUAUUAGAUGAUUAUCUGAU